AUGUUUCCUAAACUACGGACUAUGGAUGUAAAUAGAAUUAAAGGAGGAUAUGUUCAACACGAUGUUUAUUGGAUGGCCGAACCUAAUGUCCUUGAUCACGAUCGAUCUUUCGAUUCGAUGAUUUUGUUCUCCUCCUUGUCAGUGAAGCAUUUAUAUUUUGAAAGAAAGUUAAUGUUGUAUGUGCUUCUAUUUCACUUGGUAACUUUACCCUUAAUCUCUACGCUAAGUGCUCAUCCAAAACUGAUCAUCAUAGCAUUUGAUGGAUUCCGUUACGAUUUUAUGAACGUUACCCUGGUCCCAAACAUAUAUGAUUGGGCUCUUGGUGGUGCUUGGUUUGUCAAUGGAGUGCGGUCACAGUAUGUAUCGUUCACUGCCACAAACUUCAUGGCUAUUUCUACAGGUCUCUAUACAGAAAGUCACGGUAUAGUAUCUAAUAAAUUUUUUGAUCAUUCCAAUGGGAAACUAUAUGACAUUUGGAAUUUCACCAACACUCCUGGUAUUGUUGAAACUUCUCUGGAACCGGAAUGGUAUAGAGGUGAACCAAUAUGGCUCACAAAUGAAAGGGCCUUUGUGUCAAGACAUUCCGCAUCCUUAUAUUGGCCUUUCGGCCAAGCGCCUUUUCCUGGCACACCUGCUCACCCAUCGACGUACAGGGCCUUUGUGUCAAGACAUUCCGCAUCCUUAUAUUGGCCUUUCGGCCAAGCGCCUUUUCCUGGCACACCUGCUCACCCGUCGAUGUACAGACCUUGGGAAAGAUUUCGCAGCUUUGAUGAAUGGUUAUCGGAUGUUGACACAAUAGUUGAACUCUUCACAAGGCCAAAGGAUCCAGUGAAUUUCCUGGCAUGGUACAUUGCCGAACCUGAUCAUACGCUGCAUUUGAACGGCUUCUACAACGGCGAAUAUGAAAAAAUGCUUAAAAAGUUAGAUAAACUUUUUCUUUACUUUAUAAGAAAGAUGGAAGAAUUCGGACUUAACAAAGAAGUGAACGUGAUAUUCACUGCUGAUCAUGGGCAUGCUCAGAUAGAUGGUUACAAGAACAUAAUGUGCGUGAAAGAUUAUAUCAAUGUGAAGACGAUAAUUGAUGGUCAAUCCAUGAUAUAUACUUUUAACACGGAUCUUCUUGAGGAAGUGUACGAAAAUUUGACAUCUGCUGUCAAAACUAAUGGUUUUAAAGUUAAAAUCUACAAAAAGGAGAAAUUUCCACCUCGCUAUCAUUAUACGGGGAUGUCUUCAAGAAUAGGUGAGAUUAUACUUGAGCCAGAAAUUGGAUGGGAUGUCAACUUCGAGUGCACGCGAGAGGAAAUGACGAGAAAAUAUGGUGGGCAAAAAUUGCACUCUUCAACCCAUGGUAUGGAUCCGAAUGAGCCUGAAAUGCACGCUACUCUUGUACUCGUUGGACCUGAUAUUCCUCCGAAACAACUUGUACGACGAAUACCACAAAACAUUGAUCUUUAUGGCCUCAUGUGUUAUCUUCUCGACAUUCAACCUUCUCCGAAUAAUGGUUCAAUGACAACAUUCUUAAAAAAUGUCAACUUUACGAAUAAACAACAAAGUUACUACCAUGGGUUCCUUAUUGUAGUAGUGCCACUUAUUGGUGUGAUAAUCUUGAUUCUCAUUUUUGCACUAGUACAAUGUUUCAGAAAAACUUGCAGAAGUACGAGAACAGUUGAGGAGGAUGUCGAGACCGGAGACGCUACAAGUGCAUCAAAAUCACCAAGAUCAUCACAAAAUGAAAAUUUAUAG